UAAUUCUCAAUCCUUCAAACUUCCAAAAGAACAACACAUUGGAUUCUAGACUCUUUUUGAAGAAAAGCUACAUACUUACACAUUUGCACUUCUAUUCUAUCAACAACUCUACACGCAACUCAAAAUGGCAUCUUCAAUUGUCGACCGCAAAUUGGAUCUUCUCUAUUUGAUCUAUUUCUGCUUGCACAUCCCGGUUUUGUUCUUAAUGGAUCUCCAAUCUCUCUACCCCGCCUCCCUCACCCCAGCAUUCUUGACCGCCAUCAAAAACUCCCACAUCGCCAAUUACAACGAUUUAUUCUUCGUUUCACCACCCAUCUAUUUCAAUCUAUUUGUUUGGUUGGAAUGUUUGAUUCAUUUACCAGUUAGUUUUUGGGCUAUUGGAGGAUUGUUGAGAGAUUCUCCCCGCAUCCCUCUAAUCCUUCUUCCAUACGCCCUCGAAACUUUCCUCACCACCCUCGUCUGCAUGCAUGAAUACGCUUACUGGCCCAUUCCACGCUAUCAAAAGGUUGAUUUGACUAAACUUUAUGGUCCUUAUAUUCUGUUGUCAAUCGUAAUGGCCAUCGAUAUGUUCGUCCGUCUUUGGCGUAUCGUUUCCGCUUCCACCGCCGCAAAGAAAGGAAAGAAGAACAUCUAAACAUCUUUUCUUCUCGGGGUCUCAACCAUCAAUCUUGCAGCCAACCAACCUUCCAGCAAUUCAACAAAAGUAACUUCAUUUCCCAUUUCACCGAAAACAGCGCAUGAUACCCCAAAAGAACAGUUUUUCAAAGCGAAUUGGUUAUGAAGAUUUUUAGUCUAGGAUCAACUACCCUCAACCAGGUUAGGUUGAAUCAGUUUAUUUCAGAUCAGAUUACAUAGUAUUCUAGAAUUCUGA